GUGUGUCUGGAGUAACUGAUGUACAUGUGAAGGUACCCGAUACUUACUGUGAGCCAGGAAAUACAAUUUUAGGAAGAAAAGUGAAACUUUUCCGGUCUAGAUACUAAAUUAUGAGUGGUGCGACGAGUCAUUCUAAAGCGAAAGUGGUGAAAAAGACAAAGACAAAGACUGGUCAGUUAAUGAAAGAAUGUGUUGGCGUUGGACUUGUUCCAUCGGGUGCACCUCGAGGCGUAGACCGGACGUAUCCCAACGGCAUUUCUGUUUGUGUCACUGACAUGUCCACCUCCUUGGAGGAGCAAAACCUGCUCUUCACUAAUGACAGCGCACAACAUUUCCUGAACAUAAAUGUCGAAGACUUGACCUUGAAUACCUUUGAGCCCAGUUUCUUAUCUUCACAACAGACGAUGAGAUCCUGCAAGAACUCGCUGACAUUUCUCAGUGCACUCUUGUCAGCCGCUGGGUCUACUCCUGCAUCACACUUCACGGCCCACAAGGAUUCUGUUUUGGGAUCCGACAUUGGUGAUACACACUUGCUAUCUGUCGUAAAGGCAAACACCAACAUUUCCUCAAAGCCUGAACUUUGUACCUCGACUGACAAAAGUCUCAAAAGGAUGGGAAAAACCUCGGCGUUUGUGUCUCGUUUAUCAAGUAUCGAGAGAACCAACCCACGUGACAAGUUCAUGGAGAGAGAGUUAAAGACAAAAGAUGAAGAGAUUGAUGCGCUUAAAGGUCAAGUUUCUCAGGAGCAAGAUGAGAAAAAGAAGCUCCAGCAGAGACUGGACAGUUUUACUAGAGAUGAGGCCGACACUCAUUUCAAAUUGGCGCGGACGCAAGAAAUGGCGGACAAGCUGCGUGAAGAGAACAAGGCAAUGGCGGACUGUAUUGAGAAACUGGAGCGCAACAUUUCACACAUGGAGGACCGGAUGAGGAACUUAGAAAUAAAAGCUUCAGAGGUGGAGAAAGCAGAGAUAAGUCUGGAGGUUACAAAAAGAAAUCUAGAAUCAUGUCAAAUAGAUCUGAAGAUGAAAGAGAGACAACUGGAGAAAGAAAAAGAAAAAUACGAGAAGAAAUGUUCGGAGCUUACAGAAGCUAGGACAAAGAUCAAAGAACUCGAGUCCAAGAUGAAGGAUUUGAAUGUCCAAAUACGCCACGAACUGAUGAAAAAUGAAAACAUUGAAAGGGGUCUGGAGACCAUCCCAAGACUCCGAGACGAGAUUGAAGAGAAGAAAGUCAAAAUUAAAAGUCUGGAAAAAGAACUCACGGAGAAAACUUGUUUAUUGAAUUCUUCCAGGAAAUGUGCACGAGAACUUAAAGGCAAACUGAAGGAUGUUGACACUCAAGAUGAGAAAUGCCAGUCACUGAAGGAGGAAAUGGAGCUGCUGCAGAAUGAAGUGACCACACUGAAAACAUUGAUGAGUAGCAAAGAUGUCUUGUUACAACAGAGGUGUCAGAAGCUGGACCAGGCGAAAUAUGCUGUGGACCUGCUCUGUCAGACAGCUUACUCACAAGAAGAGGAGACGAGACUAAAACAGAUCAAUAAGUUGUUAAGUAAAUUGCAGCAGUUAAAUCUGAGAAGUAUUAGUCAGGAUGACCCAAUCUCGCCAAAAGAACAGUCCAGUUCAUGGUGUGGACAAGGCAGAUCAAAGUCAGCAAUGGUCCGUGGUACCCACCACAAUCAUUGUCACGAUGAUCAACAGAGUAACAAAGAAAACGCCGUCUAUUUGGAUCUGUCAGAUCUCAAUAACGAUUCUUCGGGAAAACGAAAAGCAUCAAAAUCUUCCUCCCCUGGAAGUGGAUCCCUCGUACAAAGAAGUGCCUCGUUUCACCAGAUCACAACCAGCCGGGACACCACCCAUUCUGCCCAGAGCAAAGAGAAGCGAGUUGCUUCCCCUAAUCGGAGCAGGCUCAGCGAUUCGCCUUAUUUAUGUUCAUCAUUUCGGAGCACUAGUGGAAUAGUGUACACACCAAGCAGGACACCGAAACUGAGCUCUAAGUUCAGACCAUCCUUGGACUACGUCUUAGGUUUGAACGGAACAACUGAGGGACGAGGAUCAAGUUCUGGUGCUAAAUCCGAAAGGCCGGCAUCAAGCAUUGCCACGUCAAGAAGAAGCCAAAUUCAAAUUUCAAACAAUCUCAGCAAUGGAGCCGAAACUGACAACAGUAACGAACAAGCCAACCUGGCAACGGAGACACUAUUGUCGAAACUAACCAGAAAAGAGAAGAAAAUUUUGUCAAGACUUUCACCGUCUCAGUUGGACUCCAUCUUGUGUUACGCCAUACAAAAUGGAGACAGAGUUUCCGUCGAAUUAGACCAAAAACCACCAAGAUAUGGCAAAAAACAACCUAAAGCAGUCCAAUACUCAGGAUUGGUGAAGUUCAUAGGUCAGAUCGAGACUUCAUCUUCCCAGAACGAGUCCACGGUGUAUGUAGGCAUUCUAUUAGAUGAACCAAUUGGAGAUUCUGACGGCGAGUACAAAGGAGUGAGGUACAUGUUUACACCACCGGGCUAUGCCAAGUUUUGUCAGCUUCGAGAGCUUGAUACUGUUUUAGACGUUUCGCUGGGUGUGUAUGUGCCGAUCAGCAAGUUGGUAGUAACUCGAUAUCAGGAUUAUAUUAACACUAAGGUGGACAGUGGUCAUCAAGUGUCAUCGUCCAGUAGUUCAAGUGACAAGGUUUAUCAACCGAUUCAAGUCUGAUGACAGAAAGCCAGUAGAGUGUGCUAGUAUUUGGUUUGUCAUCGGCUGAUCAAUGCAGCCAGCAGUUCUUCUAGAUCUUCCAUCAUUCAACAUCAUUAUUCUAGCUCAGUGCGGUUGUGUCUCGGGAUAUCUUGAGGAACACUUUAUCCCCGUUUCAUUGGCACCGCUGAAAAGUUCCAAACGCUCACACCUGAUAUUAAUGGAAAGCGUACGUCUUUCAAGGAGGUUUCAAACUUCCAAAGUUUCUGAAAACAAGAUUUCUUUUAAUUUGUAAUUGUAACCAAUGUAUUAGCCUAUAUCUAAUUGUCAACAUCUAAGUCCUAAAAGUUUUACUAAUGUAAUAAUUCAUAAACAAAAAGGAUUUAGAUCUAUGCCACUGUUUAAAUGUAUAUCAUGAGCCAGAACAAUAAUGCCUUGUGACAUUGCUUUACUGAGCGUGUGCCAAGGGCAAUAACACUUUGCUUAAUUUUCUCCCUUCGUUAUAAGUUCGUGGAACCUUUUGAGCACAUCAAUUGACUAUUUAUUAAUAUUCUAUUGUUAUUGUUAUAUUGCUAUAAUGCAUAAUGCUGAUGGAAGUAUGCAUUUUAAUUUUUGGAAUAUAUUAAUGCCAACCAUAGAUACAUUUUAUGUUCCAUUUUGUAAUAUCCCUCCUUUCAUUUUAAAGUAUCAUUAUAUUAUUCCUGUUACAAGCCUAUCUUCAGAUAUCUCCACAUCGGACACAAACUCAUCUACUCUUUAUUGCUAUGGAUGUCUAAACCUGUUGGGCACAUGUGACCCAUCGACCAUUAUGUCUACUCCGUCUCAAAUUCUUUGGCCAGCCUCUGUUGUUGUUUUUUUUUGUUGUUUUUUUCAUUCACCAGAAUGAAAUCGUAUUAAAACAGAGAAUAUUCCAUUAGCAUACUUUCGAACUUUACAGUUGGCUUACUGUCUGGUUACACUUCAUAUAGAAGAAAAAUUGUAAAACUUAGAAUGUUCUGAAAACAACAAAAUAGCCCCAGAUCUUUAUAAGUUGCUAUUUAGAAUUGAAAUCUCUGAUCUCAUUUUUUAAAUGAAAUACGGGCUUGUAGUUUUAACAUCUUUGAAAUUAGUUCACACUUUUGUUGUUCAUUUCUCUGUUUGGCUCUUGACACCAACACUGGCCAUAGAUGACGUCUUUUACUGUAUGCCAUGCACCUAUUGUUGUUUAUAAUUUCAACUUGCUUAUAAUAUUUGUCAACAUUUUAAAUUAUUACAAUUAUUACAAUACAGUAUUGAAACUUUUGUUUGUGAAUCUGUUUCUAAUCAUUUACUCUUGUCAAGACAGUCAUGUGGUUGUUUCUCAUCGUAAAAUCGCGCGGGAGUUGGCGUGGAAUAGGGUGCACGCUCGGGGUAGGCGUGGAAUUGGGUGCAGGCUUGUCUGUGUAAGUCUCUCCUAUUCUUCGUUUGUCUGAUCCCUCUCAGUCUUUCCCAAUCCCUCCCAAAGUUUUAUCUCCAGACCGAUGCCUCAGAUAAAAAUAAUGUUCUGAUGUUUAAUGUUUUGUUUGGUGUAAUGCACAUAUUGUAAGAAAACUUUCCCUAUGGAUAAUAAAUAUUAUUAUUAUUAUAAUGUGAAAAAACAUUCGCAUUAUAGUUAUUAUUAUUAUGGUGAUGUGUCAGGUUUGCAGCUGUGUAAGAGUGUGCGCGCGUGUGUGAUUAAAGAAAUGAAAGCAAG